GAGAAACGGGCUCCGGGAAGACGACUCAGAUCCCGCAGUACCUAUACGAAGCAGGAAUUGGCCACCAAGGCAUCAUUGCUGUGACCCAGCCUCGCAGAGUAGCAGCUAUAUCUUUAGCUACCAGAGUCUCAGAUGAGAAGAAGACAGAGCUAGGGAAACUGGUUGGCUAUACUGUACACUUCGACGAUCUUACAUCUGAUGAGACUAGAAUCAAGUUUUUAACAGAUGGCAUGCUGCUUCGCGAAGCUAUUGGGGACCCAAUGCUGCGGAAGUACAGUGUUGUCAUCCUGGAUGAGGCCCACGAGAGGACGAUCCAUACCGAUGUACUCUUUGGAGUGGUGAAAGCUGCACAAAAGAAGCAAAAGGAACUGGGCAAACUGCCGCUGAAAGUGAUCAUCAUGUCAGCAACAAUGGAUGUUGACCAGUUCUCCCAGUACUUCAACGGAGCUCCUGUUCUCUAUUUAGAAGGCAGGCAGCAUCCCAUUCAGAUCUUUUACACCAACCAGCCUCAGAGUGAGUACCUCCAAGCAGCACUGGUGACAGUCUUCCAAAUCCACCAG